AUGUCCGUCAUGUCGACCGUCAGAGAACAAAACCUCUACCUGGACCCGUCAAUCCGCGACUGGGUGCUGGUGCCCAUCACCGCGAUCAUGGUGCUCGUCGGCAUCCUGCGUCACUACGUGACCGUGUUGAUGACGGGAUCGCCGCAGAAGCAGCCCAAGGAUGCGGUGCGUGAGCAACGCGGACUCGGCCGCGCGCAGCUCCUGCGCCAGUCCGCUCCUCUUUCCCCGCUCCACCCGGAGCAGUAUCGCGCGCUGUCGUCAAGCACGGCCCAGUCCCUCGCGUCUGGCGAGUACCUCAAGCCAGAGGUUUCGACAGACAGUGCGCAGAACCCUUUUGACGCAGGAAACAUGGACACGAUGAUGGACGGCAUGAAGAAGCAGGCCGUCAUGAUGGUCCCCAACAUGCUCAUCAUGCAGUACAUCAACGUCUUCUUCUCGGGAUACAUCCUGAUCAAGCUCCCGUUCCCUCUCACGCUCGGGUUCAAGAGCUUGUUUGCGCGCGACAUUGCCAUGCAGGACCUGAAUGUGCGCUGGGUCUCCGCGCUGUCGUGGUACUUCCUCAACCUGUUUGGCCUGAACGGCGUGUUCAAGCUCAUCCUUGGCCAGGAGAAUUCCGCGACGGAUGCGCGCGACAGCAACGCCAUGGCAAUGCUCAGCGGCGCUGGCGGGCCGCCCACGGUCGGCCCUGCCGCACCAGACUUCAAGAAGCUGUACAAGGCCGAGGUGGAGAACCUCGCAAUCUCGGACGGGUUGUACAGCUGGGUCGGUGAUGGGGUUGAGGACCGCGUCCUGCAACGCUGGGGCAAGCUCUAA